AUUCACAUCAUGAAGGAGGAGGGAGUGGGAAAGAUGAAACGCUUCCACCUGUACAUUGGAAGUUCUCUGCUUUCCUUUGGGAUCAUCUCCAUUUUCUUGGGAAUCAUCACCUUCUUCCCAGUUUUUACCUUCAAGCCCUGGUUUGCUGGAUGGAGUGGCAGGAUAGCAUGUCCUAUCUGGAAUGGAGCUGUGGCUUUCAUCGUGGGAGUUCUUAUAUUGCUUGCAGAGAGAGACCACAUCUCACAAUAUCUGAGAGAAGUCGGCUUCAUCUUCGCUAUUGUCAAUCUGAUCGCUUCACCCCUCCAAUUCAUCAUUGCUCUGGCUGCCAUCCUGAUUGGUCCAUUCUGCGACUACAGCUUGGCGGGUAUUUCAGGCACAGAAUACCUGGGAUACGCCGUCCAGUUUCCAUACCAAUACACUCUCCCCAUUGUCUGUGUGGACCCUCUAUUUUAUGAGUACUACCACCUCGUCCUUCAGAUCGUCAGUCUGAUCAUCAGCGUUGCCAUGUUUUCCCUGAGUCUGGUUUUCUGUAUCAGGCUGACAGCGAGAUUCAAGUCAACAGGAACUCUCACCGAUCAGCGGGGGAGAUGGUGAGGAGUCCUCUACUUAAUGCUUCGAGAUGCUCACCUUCCAGUGAUCUGACAAAGGAAUGCAACUGACGACAGGAGAAUUUUUUAAACCAACAGGGAGGGUGUUACAGAGUUCCAUCUGUCUUUCUCUGUUGUGAUACAAAAGAAAGGUUUAUGUUGCUCUAGUAUUUCUCAUGAUGAUUUGACGCCCUAAAGUGCCUCACAGUCAAUGAAAUGCGUUUGAAUUGUAGUCAUUAUUCUAAUAUAGGAAACAUGGCAACCAAUCUGUGCAGAACAAGCUCCCAUAAUUAGUACAUCUAUUUCAGUGAUUAUGGGUUGAGCAGUAAAUAUGUGGCUAGACA